AUGGAUUCAUGUGGAGGAGGCAGUCUUGGAUUGUACACAUCAGACUCUAGAAUGGCCCAUACCAUGAUUAUGCAAGAUUUUGUGGCUGGAAUGGCUGGUACUGCGCAUAUCGAUGGAGACCAUAUUGUUGUUUCAGUUCCUGAGGCUGUAUUAGUUUCUGAUGUUGUCACAGAUGAUGGGAUAACUCUUGAUCAUGGCCUUGCAGCUGAAGUUGUUCAUGGGCCUGAUAUCAUCACUGAGACCGAUGUAGUAACAGAAGGUGUAAUAGUUCCUGAAGCUGUACUUGAAGCUGAUGUUGCUAUUGAAGAGGAUAUCGAGGAAGAUGAUGGUGAUCACAUCUUGACUUCUGAGCUAAUUACAGAAACCGUUAGAGUACCUGACCAGGUUUUUGUGGCUGACAUUGUUACUGGUCCUGAUGGACACUUAGAACAUGUGGUUCAAGAUUGUGUUUCAGGAGUUGACUCUCCCACAAUGGUAUCUGAGGAGGUUCUUGUAACUAAUUCAGAUACAGAAACUGUGAUUCAAACAGCUGGUAGUGUUCCUGGAUCUACAGUUACUAUUAAAACUGAAGAUGAUGAUGAUGAUGAGGAAGAAGAGGAUAUGAAGAGCACUUCUGAAGACUACUUAAUGAUAUCAUUGGAUGAUGUUGGGGGGAAAUUGGAGCAUAUGGGGAACACACCAUUAAAAAUCGGCAGUGAUGGUUCACAAGAUGUUAAAGAAGAUGGAUUUGGUUCAGAAGUAAUAAAAGUGUAUAUAUUUAAAGCUGAGGCUGAAGAUGAUGUUGAAAUAGGUGGAACAGAAAUUGUCACAGAGAGUGAGUAUACCAAUGGACAUUCUGUAGCUGGAGUGCUUGAUCAGAACCGAAUGCAACGGGAGAAGAUGGUUUACAUGGCAGUUAAAGAUUCUUCUCAAGAAGAUGAUAUCAAUGAAGUUUAUAUGGAAGUCAUUGUAGGGGAAGAGGAAGGAACUUAUCUCCCUGAAACUGAGCUUGAGGACUCUGAUGUUAAUAAAACAAUUGCCCCUGUUGCCUGGGCUGAGGCAUAUGUAGAUGAAAGAAGAGUUUCAAGAAGGUAUGAAGAUUGUCAAGCAUCAGAAAAUACUUUGGACUCAACAUUAGAAAACAGAAGUAGUACAGCAGCACAGUACAUUCAAAUUUGUGAUGGCAUUAAUACAAAUAAAGUACUUAAACAAAAACCCAAGAAGAGGAGAAGAGGAGAAAUGAGGCAGUGGCAAACAGCUGUUAUAAUAGGCCCUGAUGGACAGCCCUUGACAGUAUACCCUUGCCAUAUUUGCACAAAAAAGUUUAAAUCAAGGGGAUUCUUGAAAAGACACAUGAAGAAUCAUCCUGAUCAUUUGAUGAGAAAAAAAUAUCAGUGUACAGAUUGUGACUUUACAACUAACAAGAAAGUGAGUUUCCAUAACCACUUAGAAAGCCAUAAGCUUAUAAACAAAGUUGACAAAACCCAUGAAUUUACAGAAUAUACACGAAGAUACAGAGAGGCUAGUCCACUGAAUUCAAAUAAACUUAUACUAAGAGAUAAGGAGCCGAAGAUGCACAAAUGCAAAUACUGUGACUAUGAAACUGCAGAACAAGGACUGUUAAACAGACAUUUACUGGCGGUUCACAGCAAGAAUUUUCCACAUGUUUGUGUUGAGUGUGGGAAGGGCUUUCGACAUCCUUCUGAACUCAGAAAACACAUGAGAACCCAUACUGGUGAGAAGCCGUAUCAGUGUCAGUACUGUGUUUUCAGGUGUGCAGAUCAAUCAAAUCUGAAAACUCACAUUAAGUCUAAGCAUGGUAACAAUUUGCCAUAUAAAUGUGAGCAUUGUCCCCAGGCAUUUGGUGAUGAAAGGGAGCUUCAACGCCAUUUGGAUUUGUUUCAAGGACAUAAGACACACCAGUGUCCUCAUUGUGACCAUAAGAGCACCAACUCAAGUGACCUAAAGCGGCACAUCAUAUCUGUCCACACUAAGGAUUUUCCUCACAAAUGUGAGGUCUGUGAUAAAGGUUUCCAUCGUCCUUCUGAGCUCAAAAAGCAUAGUGAUAUCCAUAAGGGUAGGAAGAUUCAUCAGUGUAGGCACUGUGACUUUAAAACAUCAGAUCCUUUUAUUCUUAGUGGUCAUAUUCUUUCAGUUCAUACUAAGGAUCAGUCAUUGAAGUGUAAAAGGUGCAAGAGAGGGUUCAGACAACAAAACGAGCUCAAAAAGCAUAUGAAGACCCACACUGGAAGGAAGAUUUACCAAUGUGAGUAUUGUGAGUACAGUACAACAGAUGCAUCUGGCUUUAAACGACAUGUGAUAUCAAUACAUACAAAAGACUACCCACACAGAUGUGAAUUCUGCAAAAAGGGAUUCCGAAGACCAUCAGAAAAAAAUCAGCAUAUUAUGAGGCACCACAAGGAAGCUCUUAUGUAA